CAUAAUUAGGCAAAUUACGGCCCAAAGCAUACUUCCCGGGCGCUUUUGAAACAUACGGGACCUACUGCGUUCUCGAGCCGCUCGAGCCUCGAGCACGCUUGCUCCCGCAGUUCGCUUAUCUGGGGCGAGCAUAGUCGUGCGGAUAGCGCUCGGACACCUCGGCACGGCUGCGGACGAAGGGGCGGGUGGGCUCCGACUUCGACCUCCCAUUGGUUGCCAGCGCCGUUCUGCGCGAGGCUGUGCAGGACAAGCCUCAAACCGCACCAAAUGGCGGCUGUAGCCGCUUUGCCGCCGCCCCCCGCGGCGCUGCCUUCUGACGGGCUAUUAUUAGAGCUGUUGGGAGGACCGCCAAGUCCGCGGACAUGCGUGGCAAGUGAUGCGUGCCUCAGCCUCGGCAGCCAGGGCUCGCCGAGCUCACCUCGGUCGCGCGAUGGGGACUUCAGCAGCCCGGCCGCCGCGGCGGAUGCCCGCGCCCCGCCCGCCGGCCCCGCCAAUUCCACCGCUGCUAACUCUCCCGAGUCAACUUGCCAGCCGGCGAAGCAGCCAAUCCUGGACCUAGAUCCGCACCGGCUGGCACAGCGGCAGAAGCAGAUCGACUUCGGCAAGAACACGGUCGGAUACCAGCGCUAUCUACAACUCGUGCCACGGAACAAGCGGCGGCGGACAGACCCGGCCACGCCUGAUAUCAACGCAAAUAUUAGCAAGCGCCGCUUCGACGGCCAGGUCCUCGUGUGGCGCCGUGCCCUGCACAAGUACGAUGACGACGCCGAGCAGGAGGCUUCCGUUUCUGCAUCUUCCUCAGCCGCCGCCGCCGUGCCCCGCCAGCCGCAGCACUCGCGGUCCUCCCGCAGCUCCUGCGCCUCCUACCCCAGCGCCAGCGCCAGCAGCAGCUACAGUUAUGGCGCGGGCAGCCGGGGCCUGUCGGUGGUGGUGCCGCCGUCCCAGCCGCCGCUGCCCAUGCUGGCGGAGUGCACCUCACUGGCCUCCUACUCGGACGCGGCGUGCGGCGACGGCAGCACCGUGCUGUCCGUCACCGCCUCCGCUGGGCCCUCCUCACCCACCUCGUCGUGCGGCGGCAGCCGGCGCUCACUGGACGGCUACCUGGAGCCGCAGCAGCACCACCACAGCCACCACAGCCACUCAUCUCGGCGGCGGCGCACACUCAUGUCGGAGGGCGAGGAGGAGGAGUCCGAAUCGUUGGGCUUUCGCUGCGAGGUCCUGCCGCGCGACCGGUCAGGCAGCAAGGUCAAGUCGGUUGCGGCGGGUGGCGAGCGCCCACGGCAAGCCAGCAGUUCCGGUGGCGCCAGCGAUGCAACAUGUGAGGGAGUGUGGGCACACGAGAAGAAGCUCAGUGUGGGACAGGAGCAGCGGUGCCAGCAGCAGCCGGGCCUGAGCCGCGAGCAGCUGCAGCGGCUUGCGGAGCAGCACAAGCACCUGGCGGCGGCCGCCGCUGCCCUGGUGCCGGUGGUCGUAGUCGCUGGAGAUGACGACGGCGGCGCGGACCCGAUCGUCGCGUACCAUCCAGUGUGCGAGACGGAGGCGGGCCGCCGCAUGGUGUUGACGCGCGGCGGGGCCGCCACCAUCGCCCCUGCCUCCGGCAAGGCGGAGGGCCAGCCGCUACUGGCGCUGCCAGUGGAGGUGGUGUAUGGCGGUGGGGCAGAGGUCCUGGGCUUCCGCAACCACAGGGAGGCGGCGACGGGCGCUCCAUUGGCUAGCGCGGCAGCAGCGGCGGCGGCGGCGGCUGGCGGUGCCGUCACCUACGGCGUGGCGGUGCGGGCAUCCCAGGCGGCCGCGGCGCAGCUGGAUGUGGGAAUGGGGGCGGGCUGCUCAGCAGUGGUUGUGGUCGAGAAGCCGGCAGCACGGAUGUCGGAGGGGGCAGCGAUGGCGGGUGACAAGGUGCAGCAGCAGCGGCCAAUGAUGGCUGAGGGUGCGGAGCAGGCAUUGGCGGACAGUCUCACGUCACUGCUGUUGCGGUGAGGUCGCCUGCGCCAGGCCGCACCGCUGCCAGCACAAGUAUACCGGACUGGCCACUACCCGGCCAUCACCUGUAUUUUGCCUGACACCUGACGAACCUGAUGGAGACACCUGGCCCUGUGUGGGGCGUACUAGGAGAUACAAUGAUCGCAAGUGGACUUCGACUUUUCCGUUCAGCCAUCUGACCGACCAAGGACCAAGUUCAUGAUGUCAUUUCAACCCCUACAUUGAAUUGCGGGCGCGAUUGUACACCGCACAACCCUUGAUGAUACUGAAUCUGAGACGGAGAUGGGCCUUGUUGGCCCUAUUAUCUUGGACGGUGGCGUGUUUUGCGAAUUCACAGACUGGUUGUUGCCAAAGUGCGCCGUGCAGUAUGCGGGCAAAAGCUAGAGUGUCCUAGAUUGGGGCACCCAUGCGGCAUAGUUUCAACAGCACAGGCCGAGUGCCUGUGCGUAGUACCACCAACCAUGUGCAGUUGUUAACGUAUAUUGUGACAGUGGUCGCAUGCCUUGGCGGCGAUCGUGUGGGCAUGCAAGUGGGAGCAGUCGUGAGGGGCACUCCGUCGGGGCAAUGCUCCGGGCAGUCGAUACAUCCUGCUGAUGAGGCCUGUACAGCAGGUGUGUUGCCACGUGCAGUUGACGUGAAGCGGGCCCGGCGGUGCUGGGCCUGUCAAGGACGGCUGGCGUGUAAGCGGCCUCAGUC